CAAGGACCUCAUUCUCCAUACAGGCAGCUGAUGAUACUGCCAGCCGAACCACUCUUUAAUCAAAAUAAUAAUUAGACAGUAUUUUCGCCACUCGCGGGUUCGGAGGAUGUUUGUUUUUGUUAUAACCAGUUUAGUUUGAUGAAUGUCUCUGUUAUUAAUUGUGAGAAAUGCGGGAUUUACGGAGUUCGAGCUUUAAAUGAAGAUCAUGGCGUUUCAAGAGGGAGAAUCGCUCGAAUCUUGGCUCAACAAAGCCACACACCCGACGAACCGUCAGGAGGACUGGGAAUACAUCAUCGGCUUCUGUGACCAGAUCAAUAAAGAGUUAGAGGGUCCUCAGAUCGCCGUUCGGCUUCUCGUACACAAAAUUCAUUCUCCACAGGAAUGGGAAUCUCUUCAGGCUCUGACUGUACUGGAGGCGAGUAUGAAGAACUGUGGACAGAGAUUUCACAACGAAAUAGCCAAAUAUAGGUUUUUAAAUGAAUUGAUCAAAGUUGUGUCACCCAAGUACAUGGGUGACAGCUCUUCUGAUAAGGUGAAGACUAAGAUCAUUGAGAUGUUGUACAGUUGGACUGUAGCAUUUCCCAGUGAGGCCAAAAUAUCAGACGCUUACCAGACACUGAAGAGACAAGGACUUGUGAUGUCAGACCCAGAACUGACUGCAGAUAAAACUCUCAUCCCGUCUCCUCCUGCACGGCCCAAAAACCCUGUGUUUGACAAUGAGGAUAUGGGGAAGUUGUUGGCAGAACUUCUGAGAAGCAAAAACCCAGAAGAUCUUCAGGAGGCCAACAGACUCAUCAAAAACAUGGUGAAAGAGGAUGAAGUCAGGGUGCAGAAAAUAAGCAAACGCAUGAACACGCUGGAGGAGGUGGACAACAACGUGAAGCUCCUGGGGGAAAUGUUGAGUCAUUACGACAGAGAGCGCUCGACAGACGCCGACCGUGAACUUAUCAAGGAGCUGUAUGAGCGUUGUGAUAAACUCAGACGUACGGCGUUCAAACUGGCCACUGAAGCUGAGGACAAUGACUCCAGUUUAGGUGAUAUUCUCAAGGCGAACGAUGAUUUGUCGAGAGUUAUAAGCUCUUAUAAACACAUUGUAGAAGGACAGCCGGCAGACAGUGAGAGUGAAGUGAUCAGACCGGCCGUCAGUCAGGGAUGUGAGACCACAGGCACACUUAUUGAUCUGGCCGGUCUGGAUGAACCGUCCUCCACCCUGACAGCUCCUCCUCCUCUGAUGUCCUCCAUCAAUCCCAUGACCUCCUCCAUCCCCGUCCUGCCUCCUCCUCCUCGCCGAUUGGCUGGAGGUCAUGCCAGUCAAACCAGCAGCCCCAAUCACAAACCUCUGGAGCAGCAAACCUCUCUCUCGCUGCUGGACGAUGAGCUCUUGUCUCUCGGGCUGAAUGACCCGCCCUCUGUGCCAAAUAGACCAAAGUUGGAUGAACUGUCGGGUCAGUGGACGUCCUUACAGGCUCCUGAACCGAGUCUGGAUCUGUUCGGAAGCAUCUCAGCCCCGACCUCACACACAGCUGCGGUCAGUCACGGCCUGGAAGAUCUCUCCAUGCUGGACUUCGGAGGAGGAAAGAGCGUCUCCUCUCUGAGCGGCAUCUCUGGUGGCAGCUUUGGUCUUUCUGGAGGUGCGAUGGGUCCCUCACCCGCUCCUCUUCCACUCACCAACCCGUUCGCGAGCGCCGCGGUUCCAGGUUCUCCCGCCGUGGCUCGUGCUCAGGCCGCUCCGGGCGGCUCGGCUCCAGGCAGUCCGUUCUUCCACCCGUUCUCAUCUACGUCUCAUUCCAUACAGAGCAGCCCGGCGCGGAGCUCAGAGCCCAGCCUGUCCAACCUCCACGUUCCCUUGGAGUCCAUCAGACCCAGUAAAGUCUUACCCGUGACCAUGUACGAUAAAGACGGAGUUCGGAUUCUGAUGCACUUUGCCAUGGAUUGUCCGCCGGGUCGGCCGGAUGUUCUGGUCAUGGUGCUGUCGAUGCUCAACACCGCGCCGUUACCCGUGCGGAACGUCGUGAUGCAGGCGGCCGUGCCAAAGUCUAUGCGGGUGAAGCUUCAGCCUCCAUCGGGAGCAGAGAUCGCGCCCUUUAACCCCAUCCUGCCCCCCGCCUCCAUCACUCAGAUCAUGCUGCUUGCAAACCCACUGAAGGAGUGUGUGCGUGUGCGCUAUAAUUUGACGUAUCUGCUGGGAGAGCGCCAGUACGCUGAGACCGGAGAACUGGAUGAUUUUCCUCCGGCGGAUCGAUGGGGUUCCCUGUAGAACGUUCAUUCUUAAGUAUUUCCAUUCAUCUGCCCUGUUAUUUAUUUCUGAAUCAUCAG